CGAUUGACACAACAUGGAGAAGCCAGAUAUCGUGGAGUCUCCGCGCAAGCGACAGAAGACCGAAGAUGUGGGCUCAAAUGAGGUUGCUAUCGCCGUUAAUGGCGCAACGAAGACUCCGAGCACCGCAGUCUCAGAUGCGCAGGCUCUGAAGGAAGUCGAGGUUGGUAUCACAGAGUUUGUGAGCAACGAUACCGAGGGAUUCUCUGGUAUCCUGAAAAAGAGAUACACAGAUUUCAUGGUCAAUGAGAUCAUGACCACCGGCGAAGUCGUCCACCUCCGAAGCCUCGAUACGCCCAGCAAGCCCGAAAAGUCCGCGCCUACUACGACAGAGCCAAAAGCCCCUGAGGUGGAAACCCAGGCUACAGAGAAAACUGAGGCUACCCCGGCCAAGCAGGCGGAAACACCAGCCGAGUUCAAGGUUUCGGAAGAGGACCACACUCUUCUGGAGGAAUACUUUGGCGCUCAAAAUGCUGCCGAAAUCAUUGCGCUCCACAAGAUCGCUAUGGCUAAGCCAAAGGGUCGGCCCAGUGAAUUUGGAAACGUCACCGUUGCCGUGUCUGAUCGCGACCUUCGCACCAAGAUCCACCAGGCCAUCCGUCGCAUCUUCAACUCUCAGCUAGAGUCUUCUACCGAUGCAGAGGGAAAUAUGGCAAUCACCGCGGCGAACAACCGUUUCAAGCGCGGCGCGACCGCAGGGCGAGCCAAUGGCCGGAUCCAGGGCCACCGAACAAACUGGGAAGAACUCGGCGGGCCAUACCUGCAUUUCACCAUCUACAAGGAGAACAAGGACACAAUGGAAGUCAUCGGCUACAUUGCUCGCUCAUUGAAGAUGAACCCCAAGGCCUUACAAUUCGCUGGAACCAAGGAUAGGCGGGGUGUGACCGUGCAGCGUGCCUGUGCUCUGCGCGUUCACGUCAAUCGCCUUGCACAAGUGAACUCGGAACUUCGCAAUGCUUAUAUCGGAGACUUUGAGUACCGCAAGCAAGGCCUGGAGCUUGGAGAUUUGCAGGGCAAUGAGUUCGUGAUUACUCUGCGCGACGUUGAAAUUGCCGGCGUGAGCCUGAGUGAUCCUCAGGCCGCGAUUGCCAAGGCGUCAGAGGUCGUCAAUACCUCUUUGAAGAACCUCUACCAGCGAGGAUACUUCAACUACUACGGUCUCCAGCGAUUUGGAACCUUCGCAACCCGGACGGACAUAGUCGGUGUCAAGAUGCUCCAGGGAGAUUUCAAGGGCGCAUGCGAUGCUAUUCUGCAGUUUGCUCCUGAAUCUCUUCAGGCGGCAAUGGAGGGUAAAAUGUCUACUGCUAACAUCGGCAAUGAUGACAAGGAUCGCGCCAUGGCCAUUAAUAUUUUCCAGUCUGGCGGUAGCGUCAACGACGCUCUGCAAAAGAUGCCGCGCAAGUUCUCCGCUGAAAACAAUCUAAUCCGCCACCUCGGAAGGAACAGCAAGGAUUAUUUGGGUGCGCUGCAGACUAUCCCCCGGAACUUGCGGUUGAUGUACGUGCACGCAUACCAGUCACUUGUCUGGAACUUUGCUUUAAGUGAGCGCUGGCGCCUCUACGGCGACAGGGUGGUGGAAGGCGAUCUCAUCAUUAUCCAAGAGCACCGCGAGAAGGAACCCGCCUCUGCUGUUGAGGCUGCCGAGACUGUCGAUGCUGACGGUGAAAUUAUUGUUGUUCCUCAGGGCGAGGACAGUGCCGUUGCGGCUGAGGACAUGUUCAUGCGGGCACGUGCCUUGACGGCCGAAGAGGCAGCCAGUGGCAAAUAUACCAUCUUUGACCUGGUGCUUCCCCAGCCUGGAUAUGACAUUAUCUAUCCCGAAAACGAAAUGAAGGAAUUCUAUCGUCGCUUCAUGGAAAGCGAGCAGGGUGGUGGCCUUGACCCGUCCAACAUGCGCCGCAAGUGGAAGGACAUCAGCCUUAGCGGCAGCUACCGCAAGGUUUUCAGCCGCAUGGUGGGAGACAACUACUCUUUCGACGUGAAGCUUUAUUCCAAGGACGAUGAGCAGUUCGUUAAGACGGAGCUGCAAAAGCUGGAGCCUGAGGAUGAGAAUGCCGAUACCACCAAGGCCGAUGAGACCGCAGCUGAUAAGCUGGCUGUUGUUUUGAAAUUCCAGUUGGGAUCCAGCCAGUACGCCACCAUGGCUCUUCGGGAAUUGACGCACGGAAAGGCCACAGCCCACAAGGCUGAAUUCGGUGGAAGAUAA